AGGAUGGACAACCUGAAAUUUUCUAUAGGUUUUGGAAUUCAGUUACACAAGCACUUUCUUCUCAAUUUCAUAUGGCAACAAACUCUUCUAUGUUUUUGAAGCAGGCAUUUGAAGGAGAAUACCCUAAAUUAUUGCAUCUUUAUAAUGAUUUAUGGAAGCGUCUUCAACAAUCCAGUCAGAAUAUCCAGGGGAAUUUUAAUGCAAGUGGAACUACAGACUUCUAUGGUGACCUACCACAUGUAGAAGAUGACACACAAGAUAUAUUCACCCUCCAGAAGCCAGAUUAUGAUCCGGAAAAGGCUUUGAAAGAUUCCCUGCAACCUUAUGAGGCUGCUUAUCUAUCAAAAUCCUUAUCUCGGCUCUUUGAUCCUAUCAACUUGGUUUUUCCACCUGGUGGUCGUAAUCCUCCUUCCUCUGAUGAACUUGAUGGUAUCAUCAAAACUAUAGCAAGUGAACUAAAUGUGGCUGCUGUUGAUCCUAACCUCACGUUAGCUGUGUCAAAAAACGUGGCAAGGACCAUCCAGUUAUAUGGUGUAAAAUCAGAGCAGCUUCUCUCAACACAAGGAGAUGCAAGUCAGGUGAUUGGGCCUCUUACUGAAGGACAGAGAAGAAAUGUGGCAGUAGUGAAUUCACUGUAUAAGUUGCACCAGUCAGUAACAAAGGUGGUUUCCAAUCAGAGCUCAUUCCCACCAGCAGCUGAACAAACUAUAAUUUCAGCCCUAAAGGUGAUCCACGCUCUUAUGGGAAAUGCUGUGCAGCCCUUACUGACUUCUGUGGGAGAUGCUAUCGAGGCCAUCAUUAUCACCAUGCAUCAAGAAGAUUUUUCUGGGUCAUUAUCCAGCUCAGGAAAGCCUGAUGUUCCUUGUUCUCUGUAUAUGAAGGAGCUACAAGGUUUCAUUGCCAGAGUUAUGAGUGACUAUUUUAAACACUUUGAAUGCUCAGAUUUUGUCUUUGACAACACUGAAGCUAUUGCCCAAAGGGCAGUUGAGCUUUUUAUUCGUCAUGUCAGUCUCAUAAGACCUCUUGGUGAAGGUGGGAAAAUGCGACUUGCUGCUGAUUUUGCACAGAUGGAGCUGGCCGUGGGUCCAUUCUGCAGAAGAGUAUCUGAUUUAGGAAAGCCCUAUCGAAUGCUGAGGUCAUUCAGACCAUUGCUCUUCCAGACGAGUGAGCAGGUGGCCAAGAGUCCUGUCCUAGGGGACAUUAUUCCAUUCAGCAUCAUUAUUCAGUUUUUGUUCACGAGAGCACCCUCUGAGCUGAAGUCUCCCUUCCAGAGGGCAGAGUGGUCCCAGGCUCGCUUCUCCCAGUGGCUGGAUGACCAUCCAUCUGAGAAGGACAGGCUCCUCCUCAUCAGGGGAGCCCUGGAAGCUUAUGUUCAAUCAGUGAAAAGUAGAGAAGGCAAAGAAUUUGCACCAGUGUAUCCCAUAAUGGUUCAGCUGCUUCAAGAAGCCAUGUCUACUCUUCAGUGACAUGUGGAAUCUGUUACGUCCACUCUGUGCUAACCCAUCCAAGCUGGCAGUUGAGUAACAUACUCUGAAAGGCAGCUGCUGCCCACUGUCUUAGGAAUGCCAUUGGGUUUUCUGCAUUUCCUACCGAUCGUUCUCUAUUCCACUUUAAGGAGCAAACACAUCUAACUAGACCCGUCAUCACAGCCUUUAAACGCCAUGGACCUGAUUUUUCAGGAAAAAUAUCUUCUUUUCCUCUUUCAGAUUUUUGUACCAGGCUUAUUGAAAUUUCUUUCCCAUGGUAUCACUGAGUCCCCCUAGGGGUACAUAUACCCAGAGUCCUCACUGCCUUUCAAGGGAUAGAAUCAAGUUACGUAAUAUGUAGCCUGCUUCCCCCAACCUGCCUCCUUCGCUGAAUAUGUAGCUCAGUGGUUCCCAAAUUUGGCUGCACGUUCAUAUCACCGGGGGAGUUUUUAAAAUCCUGAUGCCCAACUUGCACUCCACACUAAUUAAUAUGUCUGGGAGUGGGAGGCACUGGCAUUAAAAAAAAAAAUCUCCAAAGUGACUUCAAUAGGUAACAAAGCCUAGAAACCACUGGCAUAUCUCAAAGCUAAAAUACUGGGUUAAAUGUUCUUGUUUGACUAUAUCAUACUGUAUCUUUAAAUAAAGCAAAUCUUCUUUACACUGUC